AUGUUACCUGGGACUAACCACUCUCGAGCAAUUGCCCGUUCGGGUGUCGACUGGGUCUGUGUCGACUGUGAACAUGGCAACAUCGAUGAUGGAGAGAUGCAUGAAGCCGUCAUCGCCAUAGCCCGCGAAGGCGUCAGUCCCAUAGUUCGCAUUCCUGCCAAUGAGGCUUGGAUGGUCAAGCGUGCCCUCGACGCGGGCGCUCACGGCAUCGUUGUUCCUUUGAUCUACACAGUGGAAGACGCAAAACGCCUUGUUGCUUCAGCGAAGUUCCCACCCGAAGGAAACCGAGGUUUUGGGUCGCCCUUCUCGCCUCAUGCCUUCACUGGCGAAGCGCUCACAGAGUACCUUACAAACGCCAAUUCCUCACUUCAAACGAUUGUUCAGAUCGAGACAAAGUCAGCGCUUGAAUCUGUCAAGGAGAUCGCUGCAAUCCCGGGCGUUGAUUGUCUGCUCAUCGGGCCUUUCGACUUGGGCAAUAAUAUUGGAAGACCGAUCUUGGGCGAAAUGCACCAGGAGUUGAAGGACGCCAUCGAGAAGAUUCAAGAGGCAGCACAUGAAGCGGGUAAGAAGGUAGGCAUCUACUGUGCGGAUGGUCAGCAGGCGCAAGGUUACGCACAAAGGGGCUUCGACUUCAUCAGCGUAUGCACUGACUUCCCUGCAAUUACUGCGGCGUUUGCAGGUGCAGUCAAAACGGCCAAGGGCGAAGCCAGUGGACCUGAAAAGGGUGGUGUAAAGGGGUACGAUGGACGAUAA